GCCCCGAGGCGGGAGAUGCGGGGCCGAAGCGCCCAGGCGAGCAUGGAGCUGAACGGGCUGCUCCUCCUCACCUCUUUCCUCCUGCACGUGAAAGCGGGCCGGGCCACCCCGGCCCGGCUGCUCUGCGACACCCGGCUCAUGCACAAGUACAUCGGGGAGGCGAAGGACAUGGAGAAGAGAGCGAGCCAGUGCCAGGCGCUGCCCCCGCUCGCCUGCCCCGUGGUGCUGCCCUUGGUGGACUUCAGCAUCAAGCAGUGGAGAGCCAAGACGAACGAGACCAAGCGGCGGGAGAUCGUGUGCGAGCUGGCGCUGGUGGCGGGCGCCGCGGCGGGCGCYGGCGCGCAGGUGACGCAGGAGUGCGCGGGCAGGCAGCUGCGGCAGCUGCAGCGCCACGCCGGCUCCUUCCUGCUGCUCCUGCAGACCUUCGGCUGGGAGGAGGGACCCCAGGAGCCCGGCUGCUCCCCGCGCUCCGUGCAGCACGCGCAGCUCGCGGGCGUCUUCCUCACCUACCGGCAGCUGGUGCAGGGCAAGCUGCGCUUCUUCUUUCACGACCUGGCCAAGGACACGUGCGAGCAGGGCCAGGGGGGUGGCAGAGACGCCCCCCGGGCCUGGUGA